AGAUGCGCAUAACGAUCGGCCGAUCGUGAUCGGAGCACCCCUAGUGUUGGACCACAGACGGAUGUCAACGCUGGAAAACCACUUUGCCACCGGCAAACAUUUGAGGAUGGUUAAAGCAGCAGCGGAAGCAGGCAGGAAGAAGCAGCUCACCUACACAGAGGCAUCAACUUCCAAAACAGUUGCUAGGGCUGAAAGGAUCAAGAUUUGUGAAACCUGGGUUGCCACCUGCACUGCAAUCAACAUCCCACUGUCUAAGAGUGACCACCCUACACUGAGGAAAUUUCUGAAUGAGAAUAUCAUCAAUGGCGGCGCAAUUCCAGGGUUUCCCCAGCUUCAAGAAAUGUACUUGGGAGCAGUAUAUGGAGGGAAAAAUAGGAGCUGAAGACACUUCUUGCAGGAAAACCUCUUGCUGUGAUAUUCGAUGAGACUCCAGAUGUCGAGGGGAGAUGUGUCCUGAAUAUCCUCCUUGCACCACUUGAGAAGGAUCAUUCUGGGAGGAUCUUGGCCUACCUUGCUGAUACAGUUUUCCUUGAGCAGUGCAAUCAUUCCACUGUAUCCAUGGCUGUUGUAAGGUGCCUUCAAGAAUACAGCAUUCACAACGAGGAUGUGAUUGUGUUCGACACUGAUAAUGCAGCCUACAUGAAGAAGGCAUUCACAGCAGCUCUGCAACCAUUGUUCCCCAACUCACUACACAUCACAUGCAUGGCUCACAUAAUGAAUCUCAUUGGCAAUGCCUUCCGCAAACCUUUUGUUCAGUUGAACAUCUUCAUGCUAAGUUUCUCCCAGAUGUUCUUCAAUGCUGGAUCACGCAAGAGAAGGUACCUCUGCUUCAUGACAAACAAGCUGCCAAGAAAAAAGGCAGUCAUGCCUCUCCACAUUCUGUUGAGAGAAUCCAUGAGAUGCUUCAGGACCCAGACCUAGCUCAGUCCCUGAAUGUCCACAUUAACAUCACUUGUCUACUCAAUGUCUUUCAGAACAGGCGUCCUGUGACCACAAAGAUCUUCACUUAUCUGAAGGAUCUCCAGGUGGACUUUGCUGCCAACAAAGAGCUGCAGUAUGAGGUGUUUGCCGAAUACUUUGAAGGGUUUGACUUACCACACACUACUAAGACCCAGAUCCUCUGCACAGUUGGUCAGGCAUAUGAAAAUGCUGAAAAAAAGCUCACCAAGUACAUGUCACAUGGGCAGCUGGCCAUUGAGUUUCUCCAGGAGGUCAGGGUGUUUGACCCUCGCCACAUCGCAUUCCUAGAUGACUCCGUAGCAAGCUACAAGGCCAUUCCAGGUUUCACUGAAGUGCCGGGUGAUGAAUUUGAUUCUUACUUCAAGACUUUUGGUCCAGCAGCACUCAGAGCUGCACCAUCUGGCGUGGUGGAUUUGGAUGUGUUUUGGGAUGGCCUACAGGAGAGACUUCCUGUGCCAAGUUCUUUGGCCAAACGGUACAAAGAUGCUGUCUCAAACUCAGCAGAUGCUGAACGCAGCAACAGCAUCUACAAACUGGUGUUGUCUAACCGAAGAAGAUUAACUACCAACCAAAACCUCAAAGCCUUAGUCUUCCUUUACCACAACCAACGAGUCCGCAGUGGAGCAUUUGAGAGAGAGGGGAUGGUGGAGGGGGAGGAGAUGGAAGUUGAGGGAGAGGGGAUGGAGAAUGAGGAUUGCAAAUGA